CUGCAGGUCUACUUUUUAUUCCUUUUGUAUUUCUGGAACUUCGCUUUACCUGUACCUUUGAAUCAAUGACUACUCCUUUGGAUAUGUCUCUUGAUGAUAUGAUAAAGAGCAGCAGAGGUAAUCGUGAGAGAGUUAGAGAUCGGGGCAGGGCUCGUCGUGGUCGUGGAUCACGUGGGUCCUUUGGUGGUGGAAGGAUGACAGGGCCAAUUCGUAGGGGACCUCUCACAUUAAAUGCUCAGCCAUCUCCAUACAUGAUUGCCAAGUCCUCACGCAGAGUGAAGAGCUUCCCAUGGCGGCAUGAUUUGUUUGAAGAUAGCCUUAGAGCUGCGGGGAUAACACAAGUUGAAAUUGGUACAAAGUUAUAUGUUUCCAACUUGGACAAUGGAGUUACAAAUGAGGAUAUAAGGGAACUUUUUGCUGAGAUUGGAGACUUGAGAAGAUAUGCUGUUCACUAUGACAAAAAUGGCCGCCCAAGUGGUUCAGCUGAAGUGGUUUAUACGAGAAGGAGUGAUGCAUUUGCAGCAUUGAAGCGGUACAAUAAUGUUCUAUUGGAUGGGAAGCCAAUGAAGAUUGAGAUUGUUGGUGCCAAUCCUGGAAUGCCUAUUUCUGCACGCGUGAAUGUAACUGGAGUAAAUGGAGGAAGAAGGAGGAGGACUGUUGUUAUGACGCCAGGACCUGGACGUGCUGGUGGUACUGGUGGUGCUAGUGGCUCUGCUUUGGUUAAUCGUGGUUCAGGUAGGAGUCGUCGUGGCGGACUGGGGAAUGCCCGUGGCAGGGGUCGUGGUGGCGGUGGCCGUGGUGGUGGUGGCCGUGGUGGUGGUGGCCGUGGAAAGAAGAAACCUGUUGAGAAGUCGGCAGUUGAACUUGACAAGGAACUGGAUAGUUACCAUGCCGAUGCCAUGAACACUUAGUGAAAUUUGAAGUUAGGGGACUGGAAGUUGUUAGUAUUAAUCAGCAUUAGCUAUCAUAGCUGUGUACAAAAUGGCCAUUGAUUUGGGUGGUACAUUAACUCUUGUUUUUUCCGACUUAGGUGCCUUUAUGCUUUCCAUUUAGAUAGCACAGAUUAGCUGGAAUCAAUCUGUUGGUAUUUGUCAAAAAUUGUUUUUGUUUUUGGGGAAUGAUUUGGGCAUGUAUUUUAAUUAAUGCGUUCUUGUUUGUUCAUUUCAAGUCUUUACCUAGGCAAGUGGUUUGGGAUGUAUAGUACUAUUACUGUUGUGAUCGGUAGUACACAUUGCUAAAACACAUCCCAAUUUCAUCUGGUUUUGAGACCGGUUGAAGUUUUGUUUGUGCUGCAAGCUGCAAGGAAGUUUAUAACGGGAAGAUGGUGUUAUUUUCUUCA